GACAAGCUGCUGCUGGAGGCCCGUAAGCGAUGCGAGGGCAAGACGGGCAAGGACCUGGAGCAGGCGAAGCGUGACGUUGCCAAACUAGAGAGGAAACAGAAGGAGCUGCUCAAGGAGCAGGAAGCGCUGGACAAGAAAGAGAAGCUGAUGCCUUGGAAUGUCGAUACCAUCAGCAAGGAAGGUUUUCAAAAGACGAUCCUAAACAAGCCACAGCCGAAGGAAGAACUUGUCUUGACAGAAGAAGAGAAAGAACAGACCCAGAAAAAGUUUGUGUCGGAGAACGAACCCCUGCUGAAGCAGUAUGGCAUGCUGCAAAAAUACGACGACAGCAAGCGCUUCCUGCUGGAGCACCCGCACCUGGCGUGCGAGUACACGGCCAACUACCUGGUCCUCUGGUGCAUACGGCUCGAGAUGGACGACAAACAUGACCUCAUGGCCCACGUUGCCCACCAGUGCAUCUGCGUCCAGUACGUCCUCGAGCUCGGCAAGCAGCUUGAGGUGGACCCACGAUCCUGCAUUUCUUCGUUCUUUACGCGCAUUCAGAUGGCCGACCAGCAGUACAAGGACGCAUUCGAGGACGAGCUGAAGGGAUUCAAGGAACGCGUCCAGCUGAGGGCCCGCGAGAAGCUGGAAGAAGCGGUCAAGGAGAUAGAAGAACAAGAACGGCAGGAGAGGCUAGGACCUGGCGGUCUGGACCCGGUUGAGGUGUUCGAGUCUCUACCGGAGUCGCUGCAGAAGUGCUUCGAGUCUCGCGACCUGGACAUGCUCAAGGACGCCAUCGCCAGCAUGCCCGAGGAAGAGGCCAGGUACCACAUGAAGCGCUGCGUCGACUCCGGCCUCUGGGUGCCCGACGCCAAGAACGCGGAGGCGGCACAGGAAGCGCAGGAGGCGUCUUCCGAGACGUCCGGCGCCGAGUGAACGAACGAAGGACGGCCACAACGAC